AUGAAGGAUAACGCGAAAAAUGGGACGGUCAAUGGCGUAGCUGUCUCCUCAAUUCCUAUUGUGGUGAUUCAUGUGAUUGACGAGUACCGACAGAGCAGCAAAAUUUUCAAAUGUCAGCGUGAAUUGCUGUUGACCGAGAUGAAAUACUUUCAGGCGUAUCUUAGUGGAGCCAACGAACACGAUGAGAUCGAAAUUUCGGUGCACUGCGACGUUAAGAUCUUCGCGCUUCUUAUAAAAUACAUGCGUAAUCGUGGCCGUGGAUUAAAGCCACACAUCACGCUCAAAAACAUCGUGUCGAUUCUUGUCGCUUCUGAGUUUCUUCAGAUGGAGGAGCUUGUCCAGGAAUGCGUUUCCUAUAUCUCAAGUUGCAUGCAGGACUUCAUAAAUCACCGUGUGAGCUUAAGCGGGUUAUUAGACUCUACAAUUACUAAGAUUGCUGAGAGCUGCACGAUCGAACAGCUACAGUUGCUUUACGACCCACAGGACAAGAUCCUGUCAAAAUUACAACAAAAGAAAGUCGAAGCAAUAGUUUCAGACUUACAGACCAGAGAACGACAUCUUGAGCUCUGCAUGUAUUGUGGCCUUUUGUUUCUUAAGGAUGAUAGGAACGGCGCUGGCUGCUUUGAAAGUAAAUUUUACAUUGGCGUACACGGCGAAUUGAUAGGACACCAUGAAGCCAAAGCUGGAUGGCAAGUCGAGACUUUUCUACAAGAAGUGAAGGCAGACAAUAAUAUCUCUUGGAUCGCGGUUUUCUGGUACAUUUUGGGCUCUAUUGAAUAUUAUCGAUGUACUGGAUGCAAGCGAGAAUGCAGCUUGCGUGAGCUGCAGGACUGUGCUUAUCAUCCCGGCGAUAUCAUUGACGAUCGUCCAGUAUACAAGUAUUCGUGUUGUGGUGUCCCAAUUUUUAGUGCUGAUGAGAAUUUGAUACGAGGGUGCCAGACCACAACUCACACGAUGAUCCAUUGCGAUAGACGUCCAAUUGUAAAUAGCUUUCUUAAUAGUAUGUCACUUCCUAAUAUGUGGGCGCAAAUAAGUGCAUGCGAGUCGAUGGCAAGGAUGCAGGGAUCUGCAUGGACCAGCGAUGUAAAAGGUGGCAGCAGGAUUGAUGCCUCCUCCCUCUUUCAUUUGCCCCACCCAAGAAAAUCUCUUGCAAACACUGCCAUUUGCAACUUGUCGUCUAAAAACUGUUUUAAUGAGAGCAAAAGCGAUAUAAAGGGCUAUCGCAGGCAAUGUGAGGUGCUGCAGCUUCAAGAAAAGGAUUGCGUGCAUUUUUUUAAUAUCACCCACCAACUACUGAAUCAGCGGAAAAAGGCAACCAAUUAA